AUCAAUAUUCAUAAACUGUAAUUAUUAAUAACGUCUUCAAUGUUUCGUCUUCCUUAGUUUUUUUUUACAUAAUAAGCUCCUUUUCGUUUUUUAUUUUAAUCUUUCUACAGACACACUCUCUCCACAAGACACAACAACACACAUAAAAAGGUACGAUGAUGAAUCUUUAACUAUAUAUGUUCUAUGUUUAGGUUUUUGAUAUCUGAUCACAUAAACUCAAAACUCAAUAUGUUUUUCUACUUUUUAUGUUUUGAUUGUAAGAUUCUCCUGCAUGUUUACUUGAGUUUAAGUCGGAGAGACAACGAUGAUCCGUUCAAGAGAUGAAGUUGACGACAUCGUCGAUCUCAACGUGAUCAGAACAGUUAAUGUAAUCUGUAAUGAUCCAUACGCCACCGAUUCCUCUAGCGAUGAUGAUGAUGAAGUCGUCAUCUCCGGGAAGAAUACUCGCCGCCGUCACAUCAAACCUAAACCACGGAAGCGUUUCGUCUCGAGGAUCUGUGUCCCGACGCUGAUCAAAAGGUAUGAGAACCUUUCGAGUUCCACGGGGAACAAAGCAGCCGGGAAUCGGAAAACGUCGUCGGGAUUCAAAGGGGUAAGGCGGCGGCCGUGGGGGAAAUACGCGGCGGAGAUUAGAGAUCCGUUUGAGAAGAAGAGAAAGUGGCUUGGAACGUUUCCUACUGAAGAAGAAGCAGCAGAGGCUUAUCAGAGAAGUAAAAGCGUGUUUGAUGAACGAAUGGGUUUAGUUAAAGCCGAAGUGGAUGUGGUAGAUUUAACCAAGCCGUGUGGUGUACGUAAACCUGAAGAGUGCAGUGUACGUAAGCCGGUUAAAUCAACCAAGUCGUCGGUUCCAUCUCGGUCGGCUAAAGGCAAAAAGGUACAUAAGAAAAACGUUGUUGACAAUACAUUUGUUUGUGGUGGUUAUGUUGAUGAAGAUGAGGGGUUGUCGAUUGAUAAAUUGUUGGAAGAUCCGUUGAUGACACCUUCGAUUUCCGACAUUUUUCGCGAUUCGGCUGUUGGAUCGGAUGAUAUUUGGGUGGAUUGCAAUCCAGCGGAAUUUAAUUCUAUUUUCGAUGAUUUUAAGUUGGACUCUUUGGAGGUGGAUGAUAAAAUAGGCAAUGAGAAAACAUUAGGAUUCAAGAUUGGGGAUACUCCCGCUGAAAUUGCAUCGACGAUUGCAAAUAUUUUCGACGAUGCUGAUUUACGCGAGUUUGAGCAGUUGGCGGAUGAGUUUAGGUUAGGAGAUUCUCCAACGGAUGAUUUUUGGGUACUAGGGGAGCCAGACGUUGGUGAUGAUUAUAAUUGGCUUAAUAGUACCAUUGACUGGAUAGAUAAGAGUUUAUAG